AUGGAAACACCAAAAACACACAAUGACCAUGAAGUCACGGGCGUAUCGCGAAGUGGACGCGUCUGUAAAAAGCCUUCCAAACUGAUGGACUUCCAGUCACCGGAUGAUAUAGAUCCGAAGCAGAAGAAACCGCCAGCAUCCCAUCGUAACGCUGCCAAGCUCUCUACCUCUCAAGACGACUUGCUUUCCCCUCACGAUGAUAUGCACACCGAAUCUGACGAAGAUUCCCACUCGAAUGCGUCCAGCGGAAGCGAAUCUUUCAGCAGCGAUGACGACGCUAUGGAUCUGGAAGAAGCGGGCUUGGACGAUGCUAACAGAAGUGAAGGAGAACUUAUGAUUGACUCUCCUUCGAAAAAGCACGCAGCAAAAAGGAAACCCGACAAACGGAGACGUUCUGGCAAAGGUUCCAAAUCCAGUCCCAGAUCCGGAACGAAGCGUAAGACUACUAAGAAACGUACCAAAUCAAGCUCGCUCUCGCAGAAGAAGAAGGAAAAAUCUACUCCAUCGAAACCACCAGGUUGUCUACCGACGGACGUAGCAGCCCACCUCAGCCUAUUGGGAGACAGUCUGACCAUCAUAGGAGCACGAUUGAAGGAGCAUGAGGGACAAAUCACUGUCUCUGGAAGUUUGUCCGUACUCCUAGACAGCCUUAUCUGCUCUCUGGGGCCUCUUAUGUGCUUGACGCUUCAAAUCCCAGGUUUGGAUAGAAAUUCGGACCAUUUGAAGGAUCUCUUCCGUAACACUUUGGAUAACAUUGCCUACGUAAUGCCGGGUCUGUAG